UUCUUCUUCGCCUCCUCCUCCUCCUCUCCCCUGUUUUGACGUGCAGCCCCGGGCAAAGCCCGAGCCCCGAGAGCGCCCCCAUGGCCGCGGCCAAGGCCGAGAUGCAGCUGCUGCCCUCGCUGCAGAUGGCCGACCCCUUCAGCUCCUUCCCGCACUCGCCCCCCACCAUGGACACCAACUACCCCAAGCUGGAGGAGAUCAUGCUGCUGGCGAGCGGGGCCCCGCAGUUCCUCAGCUCCGCCGGGGGCCCCGAGAGCGGCGCAGGCGGCGGCAACAGCGGCGGCUUCAAUCCCGCCGGAGACGGAGGCGAGCAAACCUACGAGCAUCUGGCGGCAGAUCCCUUCCCGGAGAUGUCGCUGAGCGGCGAGAAAGCUCUGGCGGAGAGCAGCUUCCCCAGCCAGACCACCCGCCUGCCGCCCAUCACCUACACGGGCCGCUUCUCGCUGGAGCCCGCCUCGUCCUCGUCGUCGGGCAGCUGCAGCAACGGGACCCCGCUGUGGCCCGAGCCCCUCUUCAGCCUGGUGAGCGGCCUGGUGGGCAUGGCCAACCAAGCGCUGCCCUCCUCCUCCGCCUCGCAGCCCACCUCGGCGGCCGCCUCGCCCAGCCCGGCGCUCAGCUGCUCGGCUCAGGCCAGCGACCCCGGGGGCCCCAUCUACUCGGCGGCGCCCACCUUCCCCAGCCCGGGCGGCGGCAACGGGGCCGAGCUCUUCCCGGAGGCGUCGAGCCAGCCCUUCCCCAGCCCGUCGGGCUCCUCGCUGCAGUUCGCGCCGCCCGCCUACCCGGCGGCCAAGGGCUCCUUCCAGCUGCCCAUCAUCCCGGACUACCUAUUCCCGCAGCAGCCGGCGCCGGGCGAGCUGAGCCUGGAGCAGAAGCCCUUCCCCAGCCCGCAGCCCUCGCUCACGCCGCUCUCCACCAUCAAGGCUUUCGCCACGCAGAGCGGAGGCGGCGGCGGCCAGGCGGAGCACAAGAGCGCCCUUGUUCCCGGCGGCAGCGGCGGCGGCGGCACCUACCAGGCCCAGCUGGUCAAGCCCAGCCGCAUGAGGAAGUACCCCAACCGGCCCAGCAAGACGCCGCCCCACGAGCGGCCCUACGCCUGCCCCGUCGAGUCCUGCGACCGCCGCUUCUCGCGCUCCGACGAGCUCACCCGCCACAUCCGCAUCCACACCGGCCAGAAGCCCUUCCAGUGCCGCAUCUGCAUGCGCAACUUCAGCCGGAGCGACCACCUCACCACCCAUAUUCGCACUCACACCGGCGAGAAGCCCUUCGCCUGCGACAUCUGCGGCCGCAAGUUCGCCCGCAGCGACGAGCGCAAGCGCCACACCAAAAUCCACCUCCGGCAGAAGGACAAGAGCAAGGCAGACAAAAGCCAGGCGCCGCCCCCGCCCCUGCCGCCGGGGGGCGCCGUCGCCUCCCCUCUGGCCCCCUACAGCGCCUCACCCGGAGCCCCCUCCUUCCCUUCGCCGACGCCCGCCUCCUAUUCUCCGCCCGUGAGCACCUACUCGCCCCCUGUGACCUCAUACUCCUCGCCCGUGACGUCACCCUUUCCCUCUUUCCCCUCCUCCUCGGUGGCCACCAGCUACGCUUCCAUCGCCUCCUCCACCUUCCAGAGCCAGGCGGCAGCCACCCCUUUCCCCUCGCCUGGGGGCCUCGCCAGCCCCUUCAGCUCCCAAGUGACUUCAGCCCUCUCUGACAUGACCGCCACCUUCUCGCCUCGGACAAUUGAGAUCUGUUGAGGAGGGAGAGAGAGACCCUUUCCCCAGUGGGACGGGGUGCUGACCAGGAAUCUUCCCACUGAUCCUCGGAGCAGCAGGCCUGGGGUGGGGUGGGGUGCCCGCCAGAGCCCAUACUGGCCAGCCAAACCCACCCCAGGUCCUGGGACUUUCCUUUCAACUUCAACUGCCUGGAACAAGAGAACAACAGCAACAGUGACUUCAUCCCCUCGGAGUUCCUCUGCUUCUGUCCAAGGACUUGAUUUGCAUGGGCUAUAGUUAUCUCCUUCCAUUAUAGCUCCCCUCCCCGCCCGCCCGCCGCCGCGAUUCAUUAGGAAGCAAGGGACUUUGGCAUCUGUGCCCAGACAAUGUAUAUUGUAAUUGUGCCAUGGCUCUGCUUUCCUUCUGGGUUCUUGACGUGGAAACCUCUUUGCAUUUUUCAUAUUGCAUUAUUUGGAGUACGAAGGGCCAUCUUUUUUGUAUAUGGUAAAUUUUUGCUCGUUUAGUGAUGACGAAGCUGUAAUGAGUUUUACAACUUGUUCGGGGGAGGGGGGCAAGGGAGAAAAACAAUCAGCACUUAACUAUGUAUUUGAGCAUGUCAAGAGUGUGAUGUUCUUUGUAAAUAUCACCUUGAGGAUGAAACACUCUCUCACGUGGCAAAAAGUUUUUGUUUGGGUUUUCUUUCCUUUCAAGUCCCAAGUCUUGGUGCCUUGUUGUGAAGCUCUGCUGACGUCAUGCAUUUGUGUGAUUGGAUGCGUUGCAUCUAGCCUUAAGGUGAAAGGGAAAGUGUGGGAAGGGAACUCAGGCUCAGAAACAAACAAAAAGGGAAGGAGCCCGAGGGUAGAAUGUAAAGCAAAAAAAAACAACAAAAAAAUCGAACUUCUCAAAAGUCUAUUUUUGUUACAGAAGUGUAAAUUUAUAAAUAUAUUCAGGAGUUGGAAUGUUGUAGUUACCUACUAAGUAGGCGGCAAUUUUUGUAUGUUAUGAACAUGCGGUUCAUUAUUUUUGUGGUUUUAUUUUUGACUUUGUACUUGUGUUUGUUUAAACAAAAGUGACUGUUUGGCUUAUAAACACAUUUGAAUGCGCUUUACUGCCAAUGGGAUAUUUGGUGUACAAUACCCUACAGACAAGUCAAUAAAAUAUCGAGAGACCAGCA